AUGGUCGCAGCACCCCCAACAACGGCUUUCUCCUCCAGUCACCACACUGGCUCGUUGGACGUGUACUCUCACUAUGAUUGUACUACUCAUAUUGGGACACAGUUCACCGACGUCCAGCUGUCACUGCUCCUCAAGGAUUUAAACUCUGAUGUCCUUAUCAAAGACCUCGCCACCCUCGUUUCUCAGCGUGGAGUCGUAUUUUUUUCAAACCAAGAUCUGACAGUCGGACAACAACGCGAGCUCGGAGAGCGACUUGGGAGACUCUCGGGAAAACCUGAAACGAGUGGCCUACAUAGACAUCCCAUUUCGGAAGACACACCCGAGUUGGCUGCUGAUAUCUCGGUGAUUUCGUCCAUGGGUGGGAUAGCGCGCGCGGGGGAUCAUAAGAGUACUCGUGCAAGCAGAGGAUGGCACUCCGACAUCACUUUCGAAAAGGUUCCUUCGGAUUAUGCGAUCCUCAAAAUGUGCACCAUCCCUGAAACUGGUGGCGACACCCUGUGGGCAUCGGGCUACGAAGCAUAUGACCGACUUUCCCCGGCAUUCCAAAAGUUCCUUGAGGGACUUACUGCCGUCCAUAAUGCCGACUUCUUCAACGAGUAUGCCAUAAAGGCGGGUUUGAAGAUCCAAAACCCAAGGGGCUCCCCUGAGAACAGCGGAACAGAUCUAACUGCCAUUCACCCGGUCAUAAGAACCCACCCAGUGACCGGUUAUAAGACACUGUUUGUCAACCGUACUUUCACUAAGAGCAUCGUAGAGCUCUCGCCUGACGAGAGUGACAACGUGCUAGAAUAUCUAUUCGAUCAUGUUGCAGAGAACCACGACUUACAGGUUCGUUACAAAUGGAACAAAAACGAUGUGGCGAUCUGGGAUAACAGGGCUACCUUCCAUACCGCUACACAUGAUUACGACGCGGACAGACAGGGUAAUCGCGUGGUUAGUUUGGGGGAGAGACCGUACUUUGACCCCAAAUCUAAUUCGAGAAGGGCAGCGUUGGGAGUAGCGGUUUGA